UGAAAGAGCGGGCGGGGCGACAGGAAGAUGGCCGCGUUGGCGGCGGUUGCCGGGCGGGGGACGCGGACUUAGUCUCCGUGAGGGGAUGGCGGCGGCGCGGCGGCCGGCGCGCUGCGGCUGAGGCACCGGCAUCCCCCGCCCUUCUCCUCGCGCCGCUGUCCCGCGCGCUCCUGUCGGUUGGUGACGGCGGCGCCGCCGCCGCCCCGCGCCGCGCGCCCCCCAUGAGCGGGGCGGGCGGGCUGGCCUGGCGCGCGCUGCACGCGCUCCUGCGCGCCCUGCUCUGUCUGCAGCGCGCGCUGCUGGCCUGCCUGCGCGGCCGCGCCGCCAACGGGCCCCGCGCGUGGCUCUGGCGCCGCGCAGCCUCCGCCGCCGCCUCGUGCGCCCUCCUGGCGCCCGCCGCAGGGACCUUCGCCUUCCGCAAGGCGGGCGCGGCGCGGCGGCGGCCCGGGGGAGCGGCGCAGGGCCGGCAGCGGUGGCGCUCGGACGGGCGGGCCCUGCAGAAGCUGCCGGUGCACAUGGGGCUGGUGGUGACCGAGGAGGAGCCGAGCUACGCGGACAUGGCCAGCCUGGUGGUGUGGUGCAUGGCGGUGGGCAUCUCCUACAUCAGCGUCUACGACCAUAAUGGUAUUUUCAAGAGGAAUAAUUCAAGAUUGAUGGAUGAAAUCUUAAAACAGCAGCAAGAACUCUUGGGACUAGAUUGCUCCAAGUACAUGGUGAAAUUUGCAAAUCAAGACAAAGCUGAUCAAGUUUUAAAUUGCCAAUCUACAUUGAAGGUGCUGUCCCCAGAAGAUGGAAAAGCAGACAUAGUAAAAGCUGCUCAGAACUUUUGUCAGUUGGUAGCACAGCAGCAAAAAACGUACACAGACCUGGAUGUGAAUGUCUUAGACAACUUAUUAAGUAGUACAAAUGGAUUUCCUGAUCCUGAUUUAGUCUUGAAGUUUGGUCCUGUGGACAGCACAUUAGGAUUCCUUCCGUGGCACAUCAGACUGACAGAGAUUGUUUCUUUGCCUUCCCACCUGAACAUCAGCUAUGAAGACUUUUUCUCUGCCCUCCAUCACUAUGCAGCCUGUGAGCAACGCUGGGGAAAGUGACUUGUUGCUGAGCACAUGGAGUCAGGCUUUCUGUGGGAAGGAAUUGAUGUCUGUUUACAAGCACCUGUGACCCAUAAGUCUGGUUCAUAGUCCUUUCUUAAUUUAUCAACAAAUUCAAUAAAGUGUCUUACCUUUCUAGAGA